AUGGAGUGCGACAUAUGCCUCAUGGGCUUCGACGUGGACGAGCGGGUGCCCAAGGUCCUCGCGUGCGGCCACACCUUCUGUCUCCGCUGCCUCAAGGCCGAGCAGGGCCGCCACAGCAGCCAGCGUCGCUGCCCCAAGUGUCGCGGUGGGCACUGGACGGCGCCGGACUCGCUUCCCACGAACUACAUCGCGCUGGACCGCGGCGAGACGUGCCAGAUGCCAGCGGCGAUGCGGGACACGGUCGAUGCGGCGCUGGAAGUGGCCAAGGAGCAGAUCAGGGUACUGAUCGUCGAGCGCGGGGGCGAUGUGGCGCCGGAGACGCUGCCCGGCGUCACGACGGAGGACGCGGACGAGAGCCGGAUCGCCGAGAUCCUCCUGGGGAUCCGCGACGUCGACGUCGACGACGCGGGGGAACCGACCAACGACGACCGCACCGCGGCGGAGGACACCGUCCUGCUCCUGGACGCCGUGCAGCAGGCCCUGCGCGCCAUGGCAAUCGAGUAA